AGGUCAAGUGUAUAUAUUAUAGAGCAUGCAGAAAGCCUUGGGCUAAAGCGGGUGAGGGGUGAAUGUAAGUAUGGUACGGGGGAUGGGGUAUUGGCCGAUAGGACAUGUAUAAUAUGAGCUAUACUAGAUAUUCAGUGGGGAAUGCGUGAACAGUCUAAACCCAUACUAAUGCUUAAAUACAGAGGUUUAGGUGUUUACGGCGACAUAAAUAAAGUAAAUGAAAUGCUAAACAACAAAUUGAGAGAAGGGAUGCUUGGUGUGGAGAAUCCUAAGAGGCUGCGGGUGGCCAAACAAUGUUGGAGUAUCGUGAACAUUGACUCAAUUCACUACACCAUAUUACAACUACAUAUAAUAGCACUUAUCAGGGUAGCCGAGAGAAUAUGUUGAUGAAAUAACAGCCUGCAGAACCCUGUCGACCAUCAAGAACCCACCGUAUCUACCACUCUCUAUAUAAAAGACCCACCGUAUCUACUACCCUCUACAUCA